AUGCAAGGCUCCGAAAAACAUCGAAAAUUUUAUUUAAAUCCAUUAGUCGAUAGCCCGUUCAAUUCUAAACAAAAGGAAGCAUCUGCGAAGUUUUCGGCCUGCUGUCGUAAAAUAAAUACACGUAGAGCAUCACCUGUCUAUCAACGUCCUUAUCGUGUAUCAGAAAGCCAAAAGGCAGCUAUCAAACAGAAAAUUUCAACAAUGUUAGAAAGUGGCGUGAUACAACAUUCAUCAUCGCCCCGGGCAUGUCCGAUUGUGUUAGUUAAGAAGAAAGACGGUACGGAAAAAUUUUGUAUCGAUUACAGAAAGUUGAGUGCGUUUACUACCCAUGAUGUAUAUCCCAUUCCUAGAAUUGAUGAAACGCUAGAUGCAUUAGGCAAAGCACAGUAUUUCUCAUCUUUGGACAUGGCUUUAGGAUACUGGCAGGUCCAAAUGGCUCGAGAAGAUCGUGAGAAGACAGCCUUCGUUUCACCAUCAGGGCACUACGAAUUAAUGUGA